AUGGAAAAAGCAAUAUCUGAUUUAAAUAGAAAUAAAGCAGUUGACUACUUUGGCAUUAAUGCAGAAAACAUCAUACAUGGUGGAAAACAACUUCAACAAUAUUUACAAUUACUUUUUGAUAAAUCAUUUGAAUGUGGCUGCAUAUCUGACAUUCUCAAAAUUGGAAUAUUGUUCCCAGUAUAUAAGAAUAAGGGUGAUAUUAAAAGUGCUAAAAACUACCGUGGUAUUACCGUAACUCCAACAUACUCCAAGCUUAUAGAGAAAAUAAUCAAGAUAAGGGAGAAUCCAGUUAUCCGGAAAAAUCAGAAUCCACUCCAAAGAGGAUUUACAGAAAACACCACCCCUCUAUUAUGUGAACUUAUGAUUGAAGAGUUUGAACGUGAGAGCAAAGAUUUAAAACUUCCAACAUAUAUAGCCCUUUUAGAUGGUAAAUCUGCAUUUGAUGUAGUUGUUCAUUCAAAUUUAAUACGGAGAUUAUAUCAAGCCGGUAUUUCAGACCAAUCUAUUAUAUUAAUAGAUAGCGUAUAUAAAAAUGCGACUUCAUGCGUUAAAUGGAGAAACAACACUUCACAGAUGUUUGAGAUAGAACAGGGUGUACGACAGGGUGGAGCCAUUAGUGCUGAUUUAUAUAAACUUUAUGUUAAUCCGCUAUUGAAUAUUCUAAGUGGAACAGGACUGGGUGGACAUAUAGGUGACAUUGGAUGCUGUGCCCCAACUUGUGCUGAUGAUGUAGCCAUAAUUUCAAACAACCCUAUGGAACUUCAAAUGUUGAUAGACAUUGCUGCCAACUUCAGUAAGAGAGAGGGCUACACGUUGCAACCAACAAAAAGUGUAGUCAUACCAAUUAGUACCUCUACUAAAUCUAUUGAAAUCGAUGAAAACUUUUGGAACAUCAAUAAAAAUCCGAUGCCAGUUGUAGAACAUUCCACACACAUUUUAAUACAAAAAUGUCAAAAAAAAUCUGCAAAACUUACUGCUGAGGAGAACAUGAAAAAAGCGAGACGAUCACUCUAUAGUCUUAUGGGUACAGGUCUACAUGGAAAGAAUGGUUUGGAUCCUGAAACAGCUAUAACGAUCCUAUAUACUUAUGUCAUGCCUAUUUUAACCUAUGGCCUUGAAAUCUUACUUCCAUCUGGCCGUAUUUUGGAUUCUAUACAUCAAUUCCAUAAGAAAAUGAUAAAACAAAUACUGUCAUUAGCCAAAAAUACAGCUGAUCCUGCGGUAUACAUUUUAAGUGGAUCUCUACCUAUGGAGGCUGAGCUACACCUCAAAGCAUUAUCUCUAUAUGGAAAUAUUACAAGAGCAGAUAGAUCUACCAUUGAAUGGAGACUAGCAGAAAGACAACUACAUUUAAAGACAAACCAAAGUAAUAGCUGGUUCAUCCAAAUCAAGAAAAUAUGUUUGAAAUAUGACAUUUUGGACUGUCAGGAUUUUUUAAAUACCUUUUAG